AUGCUACAACCUCGAAUACACAGGCCCCUCGCGGCCUCGGACGCCUCCCUUGCCGCCCUGGCAUCGUCGUUGAACGCCCUGGCCCUCUGCUCCAAGCACGCCCACACACACCUCAACCCGCGAACAUCGACGAUAUUCGUCCGCCACGCCUCGCACGCCCAGCAGGGCCGCGCAAACGGUCCCUCCGACUCGGCAGGCAGAAGACUAGGCGCCAAAAAGGGCUCCUCGGAAUGGGUCCACCCGGGCAACAUCAUCUUCAAGCAAAGAGGCACGAAGUGGUUCCCCGGCGAAAACGUCGGCAUCGGCAAAGACCACACGCUCUUCGCCCUCGAGUACGGCUACGUGCGAUACUACCGCGACCCGCUGAAACAUCCGAAACGACGCUUCAUCGGCGUGGCAUUGGCCAAGGAGGGGCCUGGAUCCCAAUUACCGACUCCGCGAAACGCACCCUCGCGGAGGAGAUUGGGCAUGUAUGCUUCGCCGAUGAAACCGCCGGCGGAGGCGCAGAAGAGCGUGGAUGCGUCGUUCCUGGAAAUGCAUUUGAGCGCGAAUAGCAGCGGCAGCAGGACACUAGGUCAAGUGGCGUUCAGAUCGGGCGGUGUCGUGCCCACGCCCGCACCACCCGCGCCGUUCAACAGGCAGGGAACGUUCCGCGAGGCGAACGCCUCGAUUGGUCGUGCGGCGGAGAGGAAAGGCGUGAAGGUCAGGGAAUACGAUCGCAGUGAUCGAUGGCUGGCGUGGAGGAAACGGGCGUUGCGCGUGAAGAGAGGCAUGGCAGCCAAGGCGGCGCGUGGCACAAAGAAGACGAAAGGCAAGAAAUCGAACAAGGGACCCAAGACGGCGCAGAGGAAGAAGUAA